ACAAGAGUAGGGGCUCAAUUGUAAACUCUAAGCAUUGAAGAUCAAUUAUAAACUCUCUAAGCUUGAAGCUCAAUUAUAAACUCUCUAAGCUUUGAAGUCUUCACAUCCCUCUAUCACCUCAAGCUUCAUCAUCCAUGUUUCUCUUCCUUCAUUGCAAUUAUGUAUGCAACACGUUUCUCAAUCUUUCACCCCAUACUCUCAUCCCCUCUUUAGUCAGUGCUUUAUAAUAUGCCACCAUUGCAUACUCGGUGAUCUACGUCGCCCAUCAUGUGGCUAACUAUCUCUGGUCAUUUAGACGUAGGCCAAGAAGCACUCCGACUUCUUCCUUUAUGGGUUCUAAGUUUGCAUGAUCCUUAGGUGAUUAUUCAUUGUUUACUUCUUUGAAGAAGCGUCCUAUUGAAGAAUGGUUCCUCUCUUAGAUUAACUAUCAUCCAAUAUGGCAUUUUCAAUCUCUAAUGCAACAUUAUCUUUAGCAAUCUUUUCCCUUGAAGGAUAAUCUUCUACGGCAUACAUGGUUUGAGUCCUUUUUAGUCCCUAACAGAUUUCUGGGAAUGACUUUUAGUUUGUUGUUGCACUAUAUUCCUACGUUCCUUUUCAUUGGGAAACUCGUAACUACUAUCCAUGAUUCAGUUGAUCAAUUAGUCCACUCUUAGUCUUUCGUGAUCCUCUCCCACGAUUUCUUCAUUAAGGUUCAUGAUCUUAAAUUUGCUACUGCUGUUUGAGAUACUUGCAACAUCAUGUUAUGUUAGUCAGUCUUCCCAUGUCUAUCAAUUUGAGAUGAUUGUUUUUUAUAUCAAAAGGAUGCAAUAUUGAUACAUGAAUCAUUGUUUAUGUGAUGUUAAUAUUAUUGGUGAUAAUCUUUUUGUCAUUGUGACAUUAGGAAUAUCUCGAAAUGAUUGAAAGUACUUCUCAUACCAGGGUUAAGCAUGCUUAUAUGAGACUAGUCAUAGGAUGAGUGACCCACUAUAAAGUUUCUCAAUGUGCACAUGAGUGACGAUAAAGUCCGUUAUAAAUGAUUGCACUGGUUUGUGAGGAUAAUACUAAAUCUGAAUGGGAUCGAAAAGUAACUAUCUUGGACUCUGUAAGGUCAAGGUGUUACAAAUUGAUUCUAUCAUUUCCCAAUAUGAUAUCAUACAAUAUAUUAUACUUGGUCAUUGACAUGAGUACCAUCAUUUCUCACCGUCAUGACUCUAUUUCCCGAGAAUUUCAAAUUUCAUCACUUGCACUCAAAACUACUACAUCAUUAGCAACAAGUGGUCUAUCUCUGAGCCACACAUGGGACUCUCAUCAUCAUGCUUUUCUUAGAAAUAUAGGACCUUCAUGACCUCCCAAAAGAAUCAUGGCUCGACUAGAGGUGAUUAUAAUUGACGUCGUGGAAGGCGUGACCACAUUAGGUGCAGAGGUACGAGGUCGCGAGAAUAGCGGAUAGCUGCAGAGUGGCGACCAACUUUCUCCAGAGAUCCUCACAUUGAAUAUUCUAGAAACUUACAACAUCUUGUAAUUCACUUUUGCCAUACUCUCAUUAUUCCCCAUAUUCUUUUGGCACUAAUUCUAACUCUGCAUGCACCACCUAGAUCAAUUUGUGUACAAUUUCAUCACAUACAAGGCGACAAUAAUCAAAUUCAAUAUGUCUGGUCUAGUUAUGAAAGACAUAGUUAUUUGUGUUAUGAAGAGCUGCAAAGGAGCAGCAUCACAUCCGUAAGAAAUAUCCAUAGGCUACGCAAGAAACUUGUAAGCUACUUCAAUUCACAUAUAAAUGAUGUUGUGGACUCAUAGAACGAUAGUCAAUGUCACUAUACGAGGAAAACACAAUCAGUUCUUUCUUAGUCUUCCACUCUCCCUAGAAAC